AUGUCUCAACCAGAACCUCCAAAGAUGAUUCCCACACCAGAAACAGACUCAAUGAUGCGACCACGCUCUCCUAGACCCAUCAUGCCAAACAAAGACCACCGCACACGACUACGAGCUCGUACUCAAAUCAACCCAAUCACAGAGCGCCGAAUCCUCAACUACUACUGCUUUCCAAACCUUGCAGACGAACUCCAUGAGGUUCUUGAGGCUGGUGGUUCUUUCAGCGAAUCAGACACGGACGAAGAUUCCGACUACGAACUACCACCUCAAACCAUCCAUCGAGAAGGAGCUCAACUACCACUAAAGCGAAUCAAAUGGUACAGCGAAGGCAUCCAACGCGCAGCCAGAGAGUUGGAGAAGCUACCUCAAGACACAUCAUUCCUCGAGGAAAGAGAUGACUGGUUUGGCUUGAUGGUGCUACCCAAGCCUGACUCUGAGCCUGAGGAUGAUGCCGAGUUGGAUUCUCCUUCCCGACAACUGAGAGAAGAGCUUUCUCAAAUGUCGCAAGCUGAGUCGCCUUACGUGGAUGAGNNGGAGGAUGGUGGUCAACCUGUCGUUACGCCGACCCAUGACGAGGUCAUGUUGUUCGUAGCCAAGGACCCUGCUCCCACUAUCGCCGAUCUGAACAAUCUGCCUCCCAGAUCGCACAAACGUAAGCGUGCCGCUUGA